CUUUAAAGCUCAGUUUUCUCAUCUGCAUAUAGACACAAUGAAAGUACCACAUUAUAGUAUUUUAGGAUUAUUAAUGGAAUGCAGUGUGUAUAAGAUAGUUAUGGGAUCAUGGAAAGUGUCCUGUAAAUGUAAGCCAUUUUUAUCUUUGUGUUCCUCACUGAACUUUCUGAAAUAUGUUUUUAUCCUCUGGUACAAUUUAGGUCUUUUCUGAGACAGCACCUAUGAAUCAGCUAUUCAGAACUUAAUGAAGCUGGUGAUUCUGUGACAAUGUGGAGAAAUCAUGUCAGAAAAUAUGGUUUGUGCUGGAGCUGUCAAUGCUGUAAAGGUUGUUUGGGAAAAAAGAAUCAAGAAACAUAGUGAAGACCUGAAGCAAGAGAAGGAAUUUCAACAGAAGUUAGUGAGAAUCUGGGAAGAACGAGUAAACUUUACCAAGCUAAAAGAAAAGGUCACAAGGGAAGAUGGAAGAGUUAUUUUGAGGAUUGAAAAAGAGGAGUGGAAGACCCUUCCUUCUUCUCUACUGAAACUGAAUCAGCUACAGGAAUGGCAACUUCAUAGAACUGGUUUGUUAAAAAUUCCUGAAUUCAUUGGAAGAUUCCAGAAUCUUAUUGUGUUAGAUUUAUCUAGGAACACAAUUUCAGAGAUACCUCGAGGAAUUGGAUUGCUGACUAGACUUCAGGAACUGAUUCUGAGUUACAACAAAAUCAAAACUGUCCCUAAGGAACUGAGUAACUGUGCCAGCUUGGAGAAACUAGAACUUGCAGUUAACAGAGACAUAAGUGAUCUUCCACAAGAGCUCAGCAGUCUGGUGAAGCUUAUUCACCUUGAUCUGAGCAUGAACAGCUUUACUACAAUCCCUCCUGCUGUGUUGGAUAUGCCUUCCCUGGAGUGGCUUGAUAUGGGAAGCAACAGUCUUGAACAACUUCCUGACACUAUAGAAAGAAUGCAAAACCUGCAUACAUUAUGGCUGCAACGGAAUGAAAUAACAUGCUUACCAGAUACUAUCAGCAAUAUGAAAAAUCUGGGUACUCUUGUUCUCACCAACAAUAAAUUAGAAGAUAUUCCAGUGUGCAUGGAAGAGAUGACCAAUCUGAGGUUUGUCAACUUCAGAGACAACCCAUUGAAAUUGGAAGUAACACUUCCUCCCAGGGAUAGCACAGAUGAAGACGAACAGGAAUUAUUUGGCCUUCAGUUUAUGCACAUAUAUAUACAGGAGUCACGAAGAAAAGCAGAUAACCAAGUAAGUUGUUCGUCUACAUCACCAACCUCUGUAAGUACUGAUGGAUAAUAUACUUCAAGAUGUCCUG